UACAGUAGAGGAAAGACCUCACUAGCUUUGCUGAAUUAAUAAAAAUUUAACCAAUUUACAUACUUAUUAAUUGAGAAGAAUGAAUUAUUACGAUUACGAUGAUGAUGAACCAUAUCCACCAGACGAAGCUUCAGCAAUAGCCGAAAUCGAAAUGUUGGAAGGACCGAUGAAGCAGAAAGAGCCUGCUAUGUUAUCCAACAAAUUAAGAUUUUUGUUGGAACAGUUGGAGGCAGUUGGGAAGCCUCCAGAUCACGAUGAUGAAAAAUGGCAUGAGAUGGGCAGGUCUGCUAAGUGGAAAAUAAUCACGUCCAGCAAUAACCUUCAUCCGUGGCUAAAUACAUUCAUACAAUCUAUCCAGCCUUUCCAGUCUAUCGAUGAAGUAAAGCAUGAAGAUGUGUAUCAAAUCGUCCGUGAGCUUUACGAUAUUUGUUCCAAAAUCUUGGAUGAUGUGUUGUUGAAAAAACCUGCGGUAAAUCUCGAAAAGUUAAAGGAGGAGAAAUACAAAAACGUACUGGAUUGUUUGGAAAAAUUACACGGUGAAAUGAUGUGUACGUCUCCGAGUCCAAUGAAAAUGCUUGAACGCUUGUUACUGUUACGGGACGCCAACACUGAAAAAUGGGGAAGUGAUUUGAUUUGGUCCAAUUUGAUCUCAUCAUGCAGCCUGCAGGAGAAAGGGUGGAUAGUGUGGACAAAUCACGGUACGAGGCAUUGGAAAUUCGCGAUACCCUGCAGUGACCAUCAAUCAGGUGAUAAGGUAUACUUGGCAUUGUGAAUGGCGGAGGCACUAGUUACCAACAUUUUUAAAACCACUAUUUUCAAUUUUCAGUUUCAGCAUUUUUUCCCCAGAAAUCAUAAACGAUUGAAAAAUUGAAAAUUGAUGUUCAAUAAUUUGUUCUUUUCACAGGCAUGCCGAUGAUACGUACUUAUUAUUAAUUAUUAAUCGAUCAAUUUGUUCAAUUCAAAUUAUCACUAUUAUUGUAGCAAUUCGAAAUCUUUUC